UCUAUUACUGUAUGUUCUACCCGCUCCCAUGGGUGCCUGUAUAUAUCCUCUAACCACAUUGCCAAGACUCAGCGAAAAAAAUGAAGUGGAAAGAAUGUCAAGAUUUCCAGAUGCAGCGGAUAGGACUUGCUGGGACACCAGAGCUCAUUCCAUGCGGCCGCCGAUACGAACAGCUGCACGCAGUUGUAGAACUAAUAUAAUAUUGUAUUAUGUGUUGUUAAAUUUUUCUAUGUAAAUUGCAUAGUAUUGUACAUCAACAACUUGCUUCAACUUAUAACUCCCAAACCACAGCAAAAGCCUCACAGCAAUAAUAAUGCUAGUAUAUACUAUCAUGGGCCUUAAGAAGGGUUUGGAGCUCUGCCUCUGUCUUCGCCAAACGGUUUAUUUUCUGCGUGCCCUCACAUCCGAAUUGGCGGCAGGCAAAUGUCGCAGUUGGAAGGCCGAGGAACUACGACAGAAAUCAUUGGAGGAUUUGCAUUAAUUAUGGUAUGUUUGCUUAAUGGAAAAGAAUAUGCUGCUAUCGCAGAAACCAAUGUUGCUCUCGCAAAACAUGCGGAUGCCAUACCCUGAGCGUUUUCCGAAGGUGCGCAAGACGAUGUGUCGUAUCAAGCAGGUGCUGACUGAGAGGGCUUUGGUGGAGGAAGAUGCAAGUAGACGGAAAGCUUUGAGGGAGAUAAUAAAUGACCUGUGAGGCAGCAACGAUAUUUCUUCUAGGACUUGGAGCUGCUGAUUGUAGGGUUGGCACAUACGAAUAGAAGUUAUUACACCGAAGGUAUUUGUAGUGCCCGAAAGCUGGAAAGAAUCGUAAUUGGUACAGGUGGAGAAUUUGACAUAUGUUGACGUAUUUUAUACUACUGUUUUAGUUGUUAAAUGCACAGAUUUUAUGCAAUAUAACGACUUCAUCAGUAUAAAUUUCGGGGUUUUGUA